AUGAGAGGUCACAGGGGCGCGAUCUCUGCGGUAUCGCGCGUCGCGUCCUCUCUGGCGCGGGUCGCCGUUCAGCCCUCCCCCGAUGCUGUCGCCAGCAGCGCCGCAUGCGCGCGGCAUUCCGCGCAAAGCGCCGCCUCCCCCUCCUCCGCUUUCGCCUUCCGCCUGUCCUUUGCGCGCGGAGUGCGCACUCGCCCGAAACUGCCCGUCGUGCUGACAGCGGAAAUUGAAGGCCUCGGAUACGCGGGUGACGUGGUGAAGGUGCCAGCUGGCUUCGCGCGCAACAAGCUCAUCCCCCAGAAGGCCGCGCUCCCCGCCAUCCCCAAGUUCCUGCGCCAGGUGCAACAGGCCAAGGACGCGCAGGGGGAGGCGCAGGGGGAGGCGCAGGGGGAGGCGCGGGGGGAGGCACGGGGGCAGGCGGAGGGGGAGGCGCGCGGGGAAGCGCGGGAGGAGACGCAGGGGAAGGGGGGUGGUGGGGGGGGAGGGGGCGAGGAGGGGGGUGAGGUGGUGACGAUAGAGGAGAGAGUGAAGGAGGCCGAGGAGAUUGCAAGACGACUCGACAGCCUGCGAUUGUCCAUCCGGGCCGUCACACCCAAGAGAUCCUCCGAACUGCGCCAACCAAUCACGCAGCGCCACAUCAUCAGCGAGGUUCGGCGUCAGUUCGGCAUCCAGCUAUCCGAGGCAAAUGUACCUCUGUCCGCUCCACUCUCAUCCAUCGGGGAUUUCGAAGUGCCGCUGAGGUUCCCUCGCUCUGUUCCGCUGCCGGGGGAGAGAGAGCAGAUUCAGCUGGCUGUGCGUGUGAGGAGAUGUUGA